AGACAGCUGCAGCCAUCAGCUCGCCUGCCAGCCCAUUGAGACUCUGCGUAGCAAUCUGAGCUGUCCUGUGAGCAGCCUGGCUCUGUUGUGGUAAGUAGGGAGCUCACAGUUCUCAACCAGGACCAGGGAACGAAACAAAAUGGCUGCUUUGACGAUAGACCCCAUGCAGCAGCCUAGGAUGUACCAGCAGACUUUGCUUCAGGACGGACUCUGCGACCUCUUGGAGAAUGACAGGUUUGUGGACUGUGUCUUAAAAAUCCAGGACAAUGUGUUCCCCUGCCACCGUCUGGUUCUGGCUGCCAGCAGCCCCUUCUUCAAGGCCAUGUUUCUGUCUGAGCUGGAGGAGAGUAAAAAGCGUGAAAUAGUCCUAAAAGACGUUGACCCCAGUGUUAUGGGGAUGAUCCUGCGUUAUCUGUAUACAUCUGACAUAAACCUGACGGAGCAGAAUGUCCAGGAUAUCUUCAUGGUUGCUAACAUGUACCAGAUCCCCUCCAUCUUCUCUGUGUGUGUGUCCUACCUUCAGGAGAAGAUGGUGCUGGGCAACUGCCUCGCCAUCUACAGACUGGGUCUUCUUUUGGACUGUCCAAGGCUCACUCUGGAAGCCAGAGACUUCAUCUGUGAACGUUUCCAAGUUGUGGUCAGAGACCAGGAGUUUUUGCAGCUUGCCCCCAGCGAGUUGGCCAUCCUCAUCACCUCAGAUGCCCUAAAUGUUGAGCAGGAGGAGCUGGUCUUUGAGUCGCUGAUGGACUGGGUCCAGCAUGAUGAGACCAAACGGUUAAAGGAUCUGCCUGAGCUUAUACACUGUGUCAGAUUCAGGCUCAUACCCGAGGAUUACCUCAAAGAGAAAGUUGAACGUCACAAGUACAUCCGGUUCAACCAAGAGAUCAAGAAGGAGCUGGAUCUUGUCAAAGAUGCCCACAAAGGGCGUCUCCCAAAGCCCAAGAGGCUCAGCAGUGAUGGAGCAAAGGGAGGACAUGAGAGUGAUGAGGAGGAGGAUGAAGAAGGAUACCUGCCCGGGAUUUUAAACAACAACCCUCGAUUUGGCAUGUUUGAGCUGGAUCUGAUACUCAUGAUCAAUAACACAGGUACUGUGGCUUAUGAACCCGCAGGAAACGAGUGCUUUGUGGUGUCAGAGUCUACAGAGAUUCCCAAAACCCACUGCAGUCUGGUGACGAAGCAGAACCAGGUGUUUGUUGUUGGAGGACUUCUUUACAAAGAGGAGGACAAGGAUGAACCUUUCAAGUCUUAUUUCCUACAGUUUGAUCCAGUAAGCUCUGAAUGGUUGGGGAUGCCUUCACAACCCAGCCCUCGCUGUCUGUUCGGCCUUGCUGAUGUAGAAAACUCCAUCUAUGUUGUCGGUGGGAAAGAACUGAAGGACGGAGAACAUGCUCUGGACUCAGUCAUGAUCUAUGACAGACAGUCGUUUAAAUGGGGGGAGUCUGACCCACUGCCUUAUGAAGUGUACGGUCAUGGAACUGUGUCACACAAAGGUCUGGUCUACGUUGUGGGAGGAAAGUCUGAGAGCAAGAAAUGUCUGAGAAGAGUCUGCGUGUACGACCCCUCAAAGUUUGAAUGGAAGGACCUAGCUCCUCUGAGGACUGCUCGCUCUCUGUUUGGGAUCACCGUCCACAACCAGCAGAUCUUUGUGGCUACAGGGGUCACUGACUCGGGCCUCACCAGCUCUGUGGAGGUCUAUGACAUCCCCACCAACAGGUGGUCCGAGUUCACCGAGUUCCCUCAGGAGCGCAGUUCCCUCAACCUGAUCUCAAUGGGGGGCUUCCUGUACGCUGUGGGGGGCUUUGCCAUGAUGCCCAGUGAGACCAGCGAGGACCCUGUCCCCACAGAGAUGACUGACAUCUGGAG